AUCAACCUGUCGAAUCCACAAUACCUGGAUUCUCUUCUGUACAAUAUUUGACGACGCAACCGUCAAUAGCUACUUCUUCUUCAUCACCUAAAGAAGCUUAUGCUUCAAGAAUAUCAUUAAAUCCAAGCAUUAAUAUUGUUAAUUUAACUCAACUUCCAACUUCUUCACCGCCGAAAUCACAGAGUAAUUCAAUCAUUUCAAAUAAUCAAAAGCCAUUCUUAGCCCCUCGUGAGACAAAUUUAGUUAUCGAAUUAAGCGAUGAAUCUGACAAUGAACGUAGUAUUACUGGAUUAAUUAAACAAGUUAAAAAGGAUAUUUAUCCUGAUUCUAAAUUAGAAACUGAAGAUGAAAAGAAAGCACAAUCUGAUGCAAAAAAGAAAUUGGAGGAAAAGGAACGUGAGAUUAAGCGCAUGAAUGAAUUGAUUGCAAGUAAGAUGGAGAGCCUAAAGAAAAACAAGGUUGGACCGAGUUCUAAUAUUACUACACUACAAGAUAAAGUUAGUUCAAACUCUAAUGUUACAAACGCUAAAGCACAAGCGGGUCCUAGUCGAGGUAAUUCUCCUCCUCCAGAUAUUGCAACAAUUAGAGCAGAAUUGGAAAUAUUUGAGACUGCAAAAGCCAAUCUUAACGAAAUACGAUCUAAGAUUGAAGCUGAGGAAAGAGAACUCUCCGACAUUCGAUCUCGUAUUAAAGAUCAAGAACGACUCGAAAACGAUUACGAAAAAAUGAAUUCUAAUUUUAAUACACAACGUGACGAGUUAGUAAACAGUCGGAAUGCGUUAGAAGUCAGAAAAGCGUUGAUCGAAUCACAACUCGAUGAUAUUAAUCGUCAAAUAGAAGAUAGUAAUUCAUCAAUUCUUAGUAAAGAGACAGAGAUUAAAGAUGCUUUAAGUGAAAAAGCUAAAUUCAUGACUAGAAAAACCGAAUUGGUUAGCAAUGAGAAGACUGUAUCUGAAAAUGUGAUACAACUCAAAAAACAACUUUCAUCUGUUCAUAAAACUAUAGUAGCUAAAAAAGAAUUACUCUUAAAAUUAGUUAAGCCUAAAAAUGAGGCAGGAUCAUCUACUACUAAUCAUUCUGAGUCAAAUUCUACUGGUAAACGCACUGUAUCUCCUGAAGAUGCUACUCCAAGAGCCGUAACUAAGAAAGCAAAACUAACAUCGAGCGUAUCCGGGGAUGAAGUCGCACAAUUGUCUAAGCGAAUGGAAAAGGUUAGCAAAGAACAUCAAGAAUUGUUACAAAGUUUGACUUUGUUAAAUAAGCGUAAGGGGAAAAAGGUCGUUACUUCGACCUCCAAUGCAAAUGCAUCUGAGGCUGAUGCUGAAAUAUUAUAUAGUAAUAACGGUUCGCCGUCCGAUUCCGCCAAAAGCAAUGUUAAAGAACAUGAAUCCCUAAAUACUGAAUUAAUGGAUGUUAGUGAUUCGUAUACGAAAAGUGCUGAUACUCAACCACAAGUACAGGAUGAUUCAUCUUUUAUACCUUAUGAAAGU